AUGGGGCAUUGGGGCGACAUACCUUCUCUCGCCCACGAGUCUGAUAAUCCACUGCUCAAGCUUCUGUUUCAAGGCAACGGUCCUGAAGCAAGGAAGGACUCGUCGCUGCUCGUCUGCACAGCAUACACGUGCAGAUCAUUUGUACGCAAUCCUGGAUUGCCUGAUUCAAGAGUGAAGAAGUCAUCUUAUAGUCAUAAUGCCGUGCGGAAGCGCAAUUUCCGAGCUUGGACGGGCAAGAAGCAUAAGAACGCUCCUGCGCUAAUUUCGAGAGAAGUCAGCCGUUCCUUCGUGCGCGAGUGUACGAUGCAUAUCAGGAAAAGACAGAGGGCCAAAGAUGAGGCGUUCGCUUCGAUUGCUGAUCACAAGUCGUCCAACGAAUGA